AUGAGCUACGACUAUGGGACAUACCCCAUCGUCUUUUCCAUCGACAAUGGUACUGCUUCGACCUUCGGGUCCAUCGCAUAUGGCUGCCCUGGCGACGCCUCACUGGAGAUAGCAGGGUCACAAGGACCGGGCUGGGACUCUUCCGCUGGCGGUUCUUUUAGUAGCACGUUCGACGGCUACACGAGCGACGAGUUUCUGUACUCAAACCUACCACCUGACAACGGGCUGUGGAUUGAUCAAGUAACUACCCACGAGCCGUCGCAGAUGGAGGAUAUUGACAACCCGGAGCUGCAUCUUGAGGAUGUCAUGGAUGUAGCUGGAGAGAAUGGCAUGGGCUCUUUCGGGGCCUUACCCACGUGCCAUGCGCAUGCUCGCGCAGUCUCGUCGGACACCUCCUACCCCGUCCCGCUACCCCCCUCAUCCUAUCAACCAUCCGUUCAGGUGCCAUCAUCCGUCAUUUUACCGGCAUUCUCUCCUCCGUCUCGGCAAUGCGACAGUCAUAGGCACCCGUACGCCGCGAAAGGCCGUCUUCCACGGCCGGCCCCAUUCUUGCGUCAAUAUGCGCCGACGCCACUUAUGCCUGUCUCGUCGUUUGACAAGAUCAACACCAGCCAGUGGUCGAUCCCUCAGCACAUCUACCGUGGCAAUCAGGGUGAUCAUCGCCAACCGGAUAAGCGAUUCGCAGCCAUAGACGUCAAUGUGUCUGCCAAGGUCGCGUUGAUCCCCGAGGCUCUCGCGGUGUCUCUACUAAAUCCGCUGGAGCCCGCCUUCGUGGAGGCAGACAGGAAAAGCAAGAAGUGGACGUAUCGAUACCAAUUCAUCGGGAGCUCGAACUUGCAAAAUGCUGCCCCGCAGAUGCACGAAUAUGCUUCUGGAGAUCAAAGAUCGAAAGCCGUUGCCGCCGCCAUGCGCCUUCCCGGCAAUGCUUCUCAGCCGUCUACCUCUUUCGCAACACCACUGAAGCGUGCUGCGGUUGUUGAGAAGGUCGCACAUGGAUUGGCGGUAUACAUGGAAAAGCUCAAAGACGAAGGAUCUCCUUUAAGGUUCAACGGCCACGAGGUCGACUUCGACCACCUGCAGAUCCUGAAAAUCUUCCGGCCCACGCCCGCCUCCAUGCAACCUAUACUCGAGAUCUGCGAAGAGUUCCGCGGCUUCUAUGCGCGCACUUCCACCUAG